CGCGUGCAUUUCGAAGCACCGAAGCACCCAAGGUGAUUACAUAAAGCCAGAAAACCGAACCAUGCAGAGGGCCAUCAAGAAGGAGCUCAGCUUCUCGCUGGACACGCUGGAGCGCUAUCGCGCCAAGUACGGACGCAGUGCAUCGCUGGACACGAACGGUUCUUCUGUCCCUCACACAGAUGGCGAGCCGGCCGCUCCUCCGCCGGCUCCGUCCUCGAUCUUCACAAAGUCCAAUUCUCCACCGAAGCUGACCAAGUUACAGGAGCUGCAGCAGAAGAAGGAGGCCUAUCUGAGGGCCCGGGAGCACGAGCGGGAAAUGGAGCAGCUGCAGCGCACGGAGAGAAGGUCCACAAAUGGCUUGGAUACGCCCAAGCCCAAGACGGGAAGUCCACCGAGCACUUCUCCGACCCCAAAUGCCAGUUCCUCAUCCACCACCACUGCUGCGGCCAGCAAGUCUUCCAGCCCGGCCGGCUACUCCAACUGGUCCAAUCACCAUGCCACACUCUGCUCCCAGGCCUGGGUGGCCAUCUCCGAGCUGAUGUACUUCUGCGACAAGUACGAGUUCACCACCCUCAGCACCCGGGAUCUGAAGACGCAUCAGGAGAUCGUGGCGGAGGUGAGAGCCCUGCUGUCCGGAAAGGCGCCCUUCGACCAGCGCACCCGUUUCCCAGGCAACAUACACGAUCCGGAGAACCUCUGGGUCUGCAUCGGCCGCUGUGCCAGCGUGGAGUACCACCUGCAACGCAUAAUAAGCAUCUUCCGGAAACCGCUCAACCAGUUGACGCCGGACAAACAGCGCACAGUGCGCCAGAACUUCCACCUGGCGGUCAGCGAGUUGCGGCUGGACAUCUCGGCGCGGAUCAGCGAGGUGAGACUGUACGACCGCCUGGUCUUCGAGCGCGAGUUCCGGCUGGAGUGGCAGGAGGCGGAGGCCUAACGGAUGAGAGGGAUUUCAGGAUCAGUGGGUGGUCAGUAACGUUUAUUGGCAACUCUUCGCUCUUUUUGCGGUGCGCGGUGGAAAAAACGGUUUCAAAAAUACACUUGGACGCGGGAGGCCGGAGCAGGGAGCAAACGAAUACGGAACUCGAUGUGCUGUGUACUCCAUUCAACAUACAUAUAAGUGGUAUUUCGUCAACUAAUAAUCGUUAUGAAUUGCAUUAGUCGGCCAAAUUUGAAUUGAUUUUCCAUAGAUACCAGACUGACAAGCCAUCUGUGUGCAAUGUUCUUUUGAGAAAAUUGUCGAUAAAUUAAAGCAAUCAUCUUGGAUAAUUGGAAGCAAAUUUUUCAUCAGUCUGCCCUAAUCUUACAUAGAAUUUCGAGCUUAGAUCAACUAGAUUUCUAUGAAAUCUUGAAUGCCUUAAGCACUUCGUAAUCAGAAUUAGUUGACGGAAUACGGGUAAAGUAAACUUCAUAUUUCACAAAUCUAGACCACGGAUUGCUCCCAUCAAUUGCUCGCGUAACUAAAUCUAAAAGCCGCCGGCGGCCAGGUGCAGUCUAGGGAUACGGCCCGAACCUGCUCGCCGAUCGGGCCAACUUAUUGCUCCGAAAUACGUAAUACAAACAUUUAUAUAUAUGUACACAAUGCCAACGGUAUAAAUAAAGCACUUUGUGUGGGCCAACGUUGAU